AUGGGAGUCCAAACAUAUGAUGUCCGGUCAAUAAUAAUUAAGGAACUAUGUACUUUGCACCAAGUAGAUGCCCCCGGCAACCGAUCGGCGUGCCCCUCCAUUUACACCAAUUUACUUUCCUUCCGGUCUUCUUCCUCUUCCAUAGCUAUCAACAUCCCUCAAACUUCUUCUUUCUCUCUUCAAACCCCAUAA